AUGACUGGCCACAUCCUGGCCUCUGAGCCUGACCUGAAGACGGCGCCCUUUACGUCCUUUACGGUGGCUGAGGACGCAGCGGACGUCGACAACAAGGGCGGCAUUGUGGCCCCCGACCAGGAGGACGAGAAAUACCGCACCACCAAGCAGGAGAUCUGGGCAUAUUAUGGCUACUAUGUUGGGAACAACGGCCUAAGUCUCUUCAACUUUGCCCCAUCGGCCUUCCAGAACCUGCUCUACCAGGCGGCCGGCGACGGCAACACGCUGCGGUUUGCCGGCCAGCAGCGCACGGUCGAGAGCAUCGUGCUGCUGUGCAACGGCAUCUCCUUUGCCAUUCAGAUUGCCGUCUUCCUCGUCCUCGGCAGCUUUGCCGACUUUGGCCAGUGGCGGCCCAAUAUCCUGAUCGUGCUGUCAAUCAUGGCCUAUGCCAUCGGCUUCGCCUGGCUCGGCGUCCAUACUGAGGACAAGUGGCGCAUCGGCACGGGUCUCUACAUCGUCGGCCUGAUCGCCUACCAGACCACCUUGACCUUCUGGACGGCCGCCUUUCCCGCCCUCGCUCGCAACACGGACGAAAUGCGCACGCACGCCGACAGCCUCGUCGCUGGUCGCAUCUCGCGUGCGGACUACGACUAUGCCGACUCUAUGAAGCGUAGCCAGCUGGCCAACGUGUCGUUUUACGUCCAGUCUGUCGCCGAGAUCGUUAUUCUCGCCCUCAUCGUCGGCAUCAUGUUCGGCCUCCACGUCAACGCCAGCACCGCCAACAACAACUGGGGCAUGAGCGUGCUGAUCGCCUUUGCCACCAGCGUCUGGCUGCUCGUCUCCCUGCCCUGGUUCUUCCUCGAAAAGCGCCGGCCCGGUCAGGACCCUGGCCGCCGCAACAUUGUCCUCGCCGGCCUCUCCCAGCUCGUCUACGCCCUGCGCCAGAUUUGGAAGCUUAAGCAGAGCCUGCUCUACCUCGUCGGUUACUUCUUGCUCGGGGACUCUCUCAACACCAGCGUCACUGUCAUCUCUACGCUACAAAACAGCAUCGUGUCGUACAACACACUGCAGUUAACGUACCUCCUAAUCGUCGGGAUUGUUGCUCAGGCCGUUGGUAUCUGGGCGUUCUGGACUGUCCAGAAACGAUAUAAGAUCGGCACUAAAGCCAUGUUCAACUUUGUCGCAUUUUGCAUCAUCCUGCUAGACGGCUGGGGCAUGAUCGGUAUAUGGACCAACAAAUUUGGCUUCCACCACCUGUGGGAGAUCUGGGUAUACCAAGCCUUCUACGGCUUCUUUAUAUGCCCGUGGUACAGCUACUCGCAGAUCAUGAUCUCUGAAGUCACUCCACGUGGCCACGAGUUUCUCUUCUUCAGCCUAUUCAGCAUCAUCGGCAAGACAUCUUCGUUCAUAGGCCCUAUUGUCUCGAGCGCUAUUAUUGACGCGUCGCCAACUAACAACUCGUCAACGCCCUUCUAUUUCCUGUUCGCACUGACUGUAGUGAGCUUGGGGAUUCUGGUUGUUGGCGUGGACCUGAAGAAGAGCCGGGUGGAGCAGCGGGAGUUUCUGGAUAAGCGCUUACGCGGUAUCAAAGCCGACAUUUAG